UUAUUAAUUUUAUAAUCCUUUUCGAUGCCGGUAACUUAGCCAUAGCCGGAAAAGUCUAGAAACGUCACAUGACACAUGAAUGAUACGUCACACACUGACAGAUAUAUUCAGAUUCAGAGAAAAUUCUAAAAAUUACGUAGUUACAAUCAAAGUUCAUUUCUGUAAUCUGCAAAGCGAAUUGUGAGAAUUUUAUAUAACGUGAUAGACUAAUUUAUUAAUUUAUAAAAAUAUUAAAUAAAAAUGCCACGAAGAGGAAGAGCAUCUCCAUCUCCAACAAGAUCCUCAAGAUCGAGUAAUCUCCCUGCUAGGGCACCUGCCCCAGCUCCAGCACCAAUGCAUGCUGCUCCAGUAGCGCCAGCCCCAUCACAAGGCCCCGGAUUAAUGGGACAGAUGGCGGCAACUGCUGGUGGAGUAGCUAUAGGUUCUGCUGUUGGACAUACCUUAGGACAUGCUAUGACAGGUAUGUUCAGUGGUGGUGGAUCAGAUGCACCUGCACAACAGGCUCCCCAGCAGGUAGCAUCCCAACAACAAUACCCUGCUCAAGCUGGACCAGAAUCUGGACCUUGUGCUUGGGAAAUUCAACAAUUUUUGCAAUGUACAUCUACACAAUCUGAUAUAACUUUAUGCCAAGGAUUUAAUGAAGCUAUUCAACAAUGCAAAAUUAGAAACAAUAUGGCUGUUUAGAGAAAAAUUAGUGACAUUUUUUAAAUUCUAGUAUUUAUAGUAAAAGAAUUCCAACUAAUUGACCUCAUUCUGGUAGUAGUCUACAUGUUGAGUGGAAUGUUAUAUUAAAGUUUUAUUUGAAAAUAUGAACAUUUUGUAUCUUUUAUUUAUGCCAUACAUAAUAUUCCCAUUCCAAUAAUACAUUUACCUUGUUCAUUGAAAUAUGAGAAAAUCAUAGUCUGGUUUUGAUUUUUAGAAAUGUUUUGUAGCUGGGAAAAGCUAGCUUAUGUAAUAAACUGUUGAGCAUUU